AUGAGUACGAGAUCCCAAUAUAGAUACAACACAGCCAAAGCAAACACUGCGAUGUCCUCGUACUGGUUCUGCUUGACUUGUGGACUGGCCAAUUACUUGAAAGCAUGCAUCACAUAUCAAGUCUCCAGAGGAGGAGUUUUCAUAGCGACGCUCUUCGGGCUGGGCCUGGCGAUGGUAACCCUAGCCUGGGAGGUGUUUUACUACAAACGCAAAGAAAGAAACAUGAACAAAGCCAAGACCAUAGACAAGGAGGCGUUCGCGCCGAAAGUUGUCCGAUCCAAGAUGGCGGACGGCGUCGCUAAACUAAGAAAGCGCGGGAAAGAAAACCCGCCGCGGAACGUCACUAUCGGCGAUAAAUUCAAGCCUGUCGUCGAGAAACCUGUGUCGUUUAUUAACGUUUAUCCAAAGGGUGGUUACAGGCCG